AUGGCUGAGGCUUCGACUCGGAAUCGCGAAGCACCACCGCAGCAGCAGACCAGGCGGUUUAACGGCGAUCCCUUCACUGCGUUCUCCGACAACCUGCUGGGCGCCGUGCUGCUGCGCGUGGCGUGCAACGGCGUCAGAUUCGGCGGCCAUGAUUGUCCUGUUAGUGACGACGAAGAAGCCGAUGCGGAAAAGAAGAUCGACGAGGCCCUAAUCGAGCCGCUCCCCUCGGAGAGCGCGUGGCUCGCCGGCAAUCCCGAGGCUCCCGUUAGGUGUUCGUCGUCGCUGGUCUCGUUCCGCCACGCGCUCGUCUGCAAGCGCUGGUUGCGCGUCGCCCGACUCGUGCAUCCCGCCAUCGUCGUUCCGCUCAACCGCUUCUUCUCCGCGCGCGCCCUCGCGUCCCUCCUCCGCGCGCCCGCGACCGCGGGGUUCCCCAACCUCCGCCACCUGCACCUCGCGCCGAACGCGCUGGACACCGUCGAUCCCGCGCUCUGUGCCAUCUGCGUCGGAUCCGGGCCGUCCUUAACGCACCUCACUCUGCAGCUACACGAUGGCUGGCUGCCCGUGACGCGCGCGCGACAGUACUCUUUCCGAGGGAUCGGCGCGCAGGCGGCGGCGGUGGCGGAAGCGGCGCUAUCGGCGGGGGCGGUCUCGCCGGCCGAUGUCGCCGCCUUGUUUUGCUCUUGCACGCGAUUGGUCAGUCUCGACGUGAACUUUGGGAAAGGGCUUUCCGAGGUUCCCGCUGCCGUCAGCUGCCUGCAGCAGCUCACGAAUUUUGGCAUGUCCUUUGACGACGAUGUUACCACGUUACCGGCGGAGUUUGGCAGUUUGGUGCGACUGAAGCGGUUACAAAUCCGGUCGAGUUCCCUCGUGCUGCCCGAUUCCUUUUGCGGCCUGCCCGCCCUAAAGCACGUCAGCUUGCGUGGCUGCGAUUUUUCCCAUCUGCCCAGCGACCUCGGGCAGCUCCGAAACCUCAAGAAUCUCACUUUCAAACUUCUGAUGCAACUCGUCGAGCUGCCCGCCUCCACCUGCCUCCUCUCUGCGCUUACCAGUCUGACACUCGUGCACUGCUACGCGCUCGCAAAACUGCCCGAAAACUUUCACCAGCUGGCGAAUCUGCGCACCAUCCACCUGGAAGCACUAAUUGCCCUCGCUGCCCUCCCACAAUCUUUCGGUCAGCUGCCCGCGCUGCGUGACCUCACCAUUGAAGGCAACGGCCGCAUCACGCACCUCCCGCCAUCGCUCUCAAGCAGCCGCACGCUCGAGCGCAUCUCCCUCAACGACUGCCAAGCGCUCUUAUCCCUGCCGGACGCCAUCGGCCGCAUUCCCACGCUGGAACGCGUCGACCUCAUCUUUCUCGACGCCCUCACGGCGCUUCCCGACUCCCUGGGAUGCGCGUCGCGCCUUCACGAGCUGAGCAUCGUCAAGUGCCGCCGCCUUGUGGCUCUCCCGCGUUUAGUCUCCGCCCUCACCUCCCUCACCCGCCUUACACUCGAUGACUGCGCUGUGUGGGCGCUGCCCGAGGAUUUCGGGCAGCUGUCAAACCUGGCCCAGCUGAAGCUGUGCUGCGGGCAUUUGCCUGCCCUGCCCAGGUCAUUCGGGCAGCUGGGGAAGCUGCAGGAGCUGAGGCUCCACGCCUGCUACGGGCUACUCGAGCUGCCCGCGUUUUUUGCAAAUCUCUCCUCGCUGGAAACGCUGGUCAUCUACGGGGGAACGUCGCUCAUCUCCCUGCCGCCCUGCUUCGAGCAGCUCCCGCAGCUGCGGUGCCUGGAGCUCUUCAACUGCGCCAUUCCGAACCUGCCGGAGAGGUUCGGGCAGCUGCCGAAGCUAGAAGUUUUGAAGGUGGGAAGCAGGGAGAGUUACACGAGGGACGGCGCGGAUCCAGAGCAGCGCUCCUCAACUGCGUGCCCCACGGCGCUCUCACUGGCCACUCUGAAUGAGCCGCUCUUGGGGCGCUGCCUGCUGCGCAGCUUGCCCCCGUCCUUGUCUUCCCUCGCGUAUCUGCAGCAGUUGCUGCGCUGCUUCCCCUCCCUCCUGCCCGCACCUCCUCCCACCUCGACCUCUGCACAUGGGGGGCGUGUCGCCCCGGCUGCCCCUGCUACCACUUUGCCCGCCCCUCAUGCUCUUCCCCGCCCUUCAGCGCGCCUUGCUGCUUGCUCCGCUCCACUCCCAAUGCUUCAGACCCUCGAGAUCUCCAAGUGCCCGAAGCUCACAAGCCUUCCGGACGGCGUGCAUCGGCUGCCCAGGCUGGAGCGCAUCACGCUGGAAGACUGCAUCGCCCUGGGCUCGCCCGAGGAGUGGGUCUCACUCACUGUACCCGUCGCCCUCCCCCCCUCCACCACCGUCAUCUCCCUCUCAAGCGUCUUUCUCGAGGCCCUCUACCUCCCACCCUCCUUCCUCUCCCUCACGCGCCUCACCCAUCUCAACCUUCAAGAACUCCUCUGUCUCCAGGCGCUCUUUGCUCCCCCGCACGGCGCCCCACCGGAGGACCUACUAGGCGACUGGGAGGCGGGAACACAAACCGAUCCCAUCUUUGGCUUCCGCAUUGAUCCUCACCCCGGUCCGCCCGCCAGCCUGGCGCUCCUCUCGUCUCUGCAGCACCUUGCCAUCGUGCGAUCUGGCCUGCCGUCGCUACCCAGCAACCUGAGCGAGCUGAGAAGCCUCAAAGCACUCAUUGUCGAGGACUGUGUGGCCAUGCCCUCCCUCCCCGCGUCCCUAGCCCACCUCUCCAACCUUGAAAAACUCAUGUUGACAACUCUCCCGCAGCUGGCACACCUGCCCAGGAAUCUCGGGCAGCUGAAGGCUCUGAAAGAGGUCACGGUGGAGUUUUGUGACGCGCUAACGGGGCUGCCUGCAUCCAUCGGUCUCCUCUCCUCCCUCGUCCUCCUCUCCGUCACCGAAUGCAAAAAGUUCUCCUCUCUUCCCGCCUCCAUCGGUUCCCUCCCCCGCCUCGCCUCCCUCAAGCUCAACUGUCUCCCCCGCCUGCGCCGCCUGCCAGAGUCCCUCUCCCUCCUCCCUGCCUUGGUCAUCCUCUCACUGGAAGACUGUGAGCAGCUGCAAGCGCUGCCGGAGGGGCUGGCGGGUGUGGGGACGUUGAGGGAGGUGAUUGUAGCUGGGUGCUGCGAGCUGAAGCAUGUGCCUCAGUCGCUGCUGGAGAGGCAGAACGUGGUCGACCUGCAGCUGAGUGCCCUCCGCGCCCUCCGCGCCCUCAACGCACGCCUAGCCCGGCCCCUCCCACUGUUGCGCCCUCCCCCUGCCCGUCGCGUCGCCCCCCCCCUCCUGCUCGUCGCGUCGCCUCCCCUCCUCCUGCCCGUCGCGUUCGCCUCCCCUUCCCCUGCCCGUCGCGUCGCCUCCCUUCCCCCUGCCCGUAGCGUCGCCUCCCCUCCUCCUGCCCGUCGCGUUCGCCUCCCCUUCCCCCGCCCGUCGCGUCGCCUCCCCUCCUCCUGCCCGUCGCGUUCGCCUCCCCUUCCCCUGCCCGUCGCGUCGCCUCCCCUCCUCCUGCCCGUCGCGUUCGCCUCCCCUUCCCCUGCCCGUCGCGUCGCCUCCCUUCCCCCUGCCCGUCGCGUCGCCCUCCCCUCGGCCCCGUCCCACCGUCGACAACCUCCUCCCCGCCCCUGUCCUACCGUCGCGCCCUCCUCCCCGCCCCUUCUCACCGUCGCGCACCCUCCUCCACACCCCUUCCUACCGUCACGCACCCUCCUCCCCGCCCUCUCCUAA